AUGGAGCCGACGCCCGUGAAGCUCACGAUGCAGCUCAUCCGCAAGAGCAUGCAGCUGCGCCCGGAAGCGGCGAUCGACGAUGGCCUCGCCGUAGAAGGCGACGAGUACGAGCGAACAUGCAUCGUGGCAGGCGAUGCCAAGCAUGCUGCUAGGGUCGACCACCUCUUGACGCGCAACGUCCUGCGCCUCGACUGGCUCGACAUUAGCAAGAUCGAAAACCUCGACGCGUUCACGCACAUCCGCGAGCUCUACCUGCAGCACAAUGCAAUCCAAGUGCUCGAGAACCUCGAGCUGCAUACGAACCUCAACUUCCUCGCGCUCUCGCACAACCGCAUCUCGACGGUGGCCAACAUCGCGGGCCUGACCAAGCUCAAGUUUCUUGACCUCUCGUUUAACGACAUUACAGCCAUUGACCUUGACGAGCUCCCGCGCGGCUUGCGUGUUCUGCGGCUCGCCGGCAACCCGUGGGUAGAUGCCACGGCCAACUAUGCCGAGCUGUGCUUUGACCGUCUUCCCCAUCUGCAUACAUGCGAUGGGUAUUCGCGCAACGUGCCCGCGCCACAGAGCCCACCCCACACGCACCGGGAUCGCCACGCAGCGCUGGCCGACGACACGCUCUUCCCGGCCGCGACGCCGCGGGACCAAGUCAAACAGCAAAAGGAGCAGUUGAGCCAAGCUCAUCGCAACAAGAUGCAAGAGCUGCACGACGGCUUGCAGCACACGCGCAGUGCCAUUGUCGAGCAGUCCAUGGAUCGGCUCCGCGAGAAGCGCAAGAAACUCCAAAAUGAGACGCAAGCGCACUUGCACGCAGCAGCGGCGCACGUCGAGCAGCUCCAUGCGCAACACGCUACCUGGCAUAAAGAGCAGCUUCAAGCCCACCAAGCAUAG